UCAGAUUAUAGUUUUAGCAAAGUAUCCAUCUCCAAAACAGGAAGAAGAAUGGCAAAAUCAUACCUCAAAAUCGCAUUCCUAGUUUUUUUCAUGGCAUCUUACUGCAUGUUAUUGUCAAAUGCGACGGAAGAUGUGGCAUCAAAAGUAUCAGCAAAAGAAGUGCCGGAAUGGGUGAGUCCAUGCCGUAAUGACAAUGAUUGUAAGGACCCAAUGUGUCCCCCUGACUGUACAAUCCACCAAUGUAUUCGUGGUACUUGCUGGUGUAAAGAUUGUCACCCACCACCACCACCUUCCGCCUAAUUUAUCAGUUAUUAAUCAA